CUUCCGGUUUGGUGACACUCCAUCCUGUUUUUUUUUUUUUUUUUACCCACGUGUGUACAUGGUAGAAGUGUGUAUUUUAUUCAAACUAAACCUGUUUCAUUCGUAGAUAUGGACCUCGCCGCUAAGGAUUCUUUCAUCCAAAAAUUCGCAAGCAAAGCCUUUUCUCAACGAGACCAGGAAGCGAAGAAGAGACCAUUUGUACAUUUAAAGGGUAAAAAUGAUACUGGUCCUCCAAAGAAGAAGAAGAAGAAAUGUAAAAAGAAGCAUUUCAAAGAAAAAGGCAGUGAUGAGAAGAAUCCUACUCCGACACCCCAAAAAAAGUCUGCACCUAGUCCAGCAGCUCAGAAAAGCCCAGCAACAACAAAACCUAGUGGACCGAAAGCGAAGAGUGUAAAUGGAGAGGCAGCACACACAGUCAAAGGAGGAAAUGCAGAGAAGUUUUCUGCAGUGGAUGUUCUACGCAAGAGACUCCAAGAAAAGAUUGAAGAGUCCAGAGGGCAGGGUCCACCAAAGGAUGCACUGGACGACGCAGUCCAGGCAAAGCGAGCAAAACGAAAGCUGGAGCGGGAACGGAAGAAGAGGAAGAGGAAGGAGUUUAGGAUGAAGAAACUGGCUGAAGAAAGAGGCCAAGAAACACAACCAGAGAUAAAACAGGAGGUAGAAAGCGCCCCGGCUGCAAGCAAAAGAAAUGAAACCGCUAUUGUGUUCAACAAAAUGGAGACUGUAGAAGAGGAAUAUAAAGACAAAGUACAGAAAAAGAAGGAAAAGAAAAAGAGUCUGAAGGGUCAGUUGACUCCGCUGACUGGGAAAAACUACAAGCAGCUGCUCAGUCGAGUGGAGGCACGCAAGCAGAAGCUGGAGCAGCUGAGAGAGAAAGACGAAGGCAAGGCUCGCGACAUGGAGAAUAAGAUGAAGUGGACCAACUUGCUGUACAAGGCCGAGGGCAUCAAAAUCAAAGACGACGAGGACAUGUUGCGGACGGCGCUAAAGAAGAAGGAGAAGAGGCGCACGCAAAGGAAGAAGCACUGGAACCAACGCAGCGAGCAUGUGAUCGGGAAGAUGCAGCAGCGGCAGGACAAGCGACGAAAGAACAUCCAGAAACGACAGACAGCCAAAACAGAGAAGAAGAAAACCAAAGCAAGGAAGAAGGGCCGAGUCCUGCCUGAGGACUUGAAAAAGGCAGCAGUUUAGAGCAACAAAUGUGUGUCAUGUGGUAUUUCAUUAACGACCACCCAGAUAAUUAAUGAAUUCAGCCUGUUUUAGGACAAUCAUAGUCCUACUGCUGUGUGGAUUAAUUGUACUAUCAUUGUUCUCCAGGAGUAAAGUGACUGGUGUUAUUGUUAAUAAAUAUGACCCAUCAUUAAACACGUAUAAGAAUCUUUGA